ACCAUCCGCCUCAGAGAAUUGGAAGCUAAAGCUACCAAAGACGUAGAAAGAAAUCUUAGCAGGGAUUUAGUGCAAGAAGAAGAACAGUUGAUGGAAGAAAAGAAAAAGAAAAAAGACGACAAGAAAAAGAAGGAAGCUGCUCAAAAGAAGGCCACUGAACAAAAAAUCAAAGUGCCAGAACAGAUAAAGCCCAGUGUAAGCCAGCCUCAGCCUGCCAACUCUAAUAACGGCACUUCCACAGCAACCAGCACUAAUAAUAAUGCCAAGCGAGCUACAGCCAACAAUCAGCAGCAGCAGCCACAACAGCCGCAGCCGCAGCAGCAGCAGCCACCACAGCAGCCGCAGCAGCAGCCGCAGCAGCAGCAGCCACCACAGCCACCACAGCAGCCACAGGCCUUGCCUCGGUAUCCUCGUGAAGUACCUCCACGAUUUCGCCACCAGGAACAUAAACAGCUUCUAAAGAGGGGUCAGCAUUUUCCUGUCAUAGCAGCAAACCUGGGAUCUGCUGUUAAAGUAUUAAACAGCCAGUCAGAAAGCAGUGCUUUAACAAAUCAGCAGCCACAAAAUAACGGAGAGGUGCAGAACAGCAAAAACCAGUCAGAUAUAAACCACAAUACUUCAGGGUCCCAUUAUGAAAAUUCCCAUCGGGGACCUGCAUCUUCUACGACUGACUCUAGCACAAACUGUAAGAAUGCUAUUGUAAACGAUUUGUCUGAAAAAGAAGCAUGGCCCUCAGUCCCUGGCAGUGAUCCAGAGUUGGCUUCAGAAUGUAUGGAUGCUGAUUCUGCCUCCAGUUCUGAAUCAGAGAAAAACAUCACUAUCAUGGCUUCAGGGAGCACAGGUGGUGAAAAAGAUGGCCUUCGGAGUAGCACUGGACUUGGUUCCCAAAACAAGUUUGUGGUUGGUAGUAGCAGCAAUAAUGUGGGCCAUGGAAGUAGUACUGGGCCAUGGGCUUUUUCCCAUGGAGCCAUAAUAAGCACAUGUCAGGUCUCUGCGGAUGCUCCUGAAAGCAAGUCAGAAAGUAGCAACAAUAGAAUGAAUGCUUGGGGCACUGUAAGUUCUUCAUCAAAUGGAGGGUUAAAUCCAAGCACUUUGAAUUCAGCUAGCAACCAUGGUGCCUGGCCAGUAUUAGAGAACAAUGGACUCGCCCUAAAAGGGCCUGUAGGGAGUGGUAGUUCUGGCAUCAAUAUUCAGUGCAGUACCAUAGGCCAGAUGCCUAACAAUCAGAGUAUUAACUCUAAAGCAAGUGGUUCUUCUACCCAUGGUACCUGGGGAAGCCUUCAGGAAACUUGUGAAUCUGAAGUAAGUGGUACACAGAAGGUUUCAUUCAGUGGUCAACCUCAGAAUAUUACCACUGAAAUGACUGGACCAAAUAACACUACUAACUUUAUGACCUCUAGUUUACCAAACUCUGGUUCAAUACAGAAUAACGAACUGCCUAGUAGUAAUUCAGGGGCCUGGUGUGUGAGCACAAUGAAUCAUCCUCAGAUACAGGCUCCAUCAGUUAUGAAUGGCACCUCCCUUUCUCAUCUUAGCAAUGGAGAGUCAAAAAGCGGAGGCUCUUACGGUACUACAUGGGGUGCCUAUGGUUCUAAUUACUCUGGAGACAAAUGUUCAGGCCCUAAUGGCCAAGCUAAUGGUGACACUGUGAAUGCAACUCUAAUGCAGCCUGGUGUAAAUGGGCCUUUGGGCACUAACUUUCAAGUUAAUACAAACAAAGGAGGAGGUGUGUGGGAGUCUGGGGUAUCAAAUUCCCAGAGUACAUCAUGGGGAAGUGGAAAUGGUGCGAAUUCUGGAGGAAGUCGAAGAGGAUGGGGAGCCCCUGCACAAAACACUGGCACUAAUCUACCCAGCAUUGAGUGGAACAAACUGCCUAGCAAUCAGCAUUCCAAUGACAGUGCAAAUGGCAAUGGUAAGAAGUUUACAAAUGGAUGGAAAUCUACUGAGGAAGAGGAUCAGGGUUCUGCCACAUCUCAGACAAAUGAGCAAAACAGUGUGUGGGCCAAAACAGGAGGUGGUACAGUGGAGAGUGAUGGUAGUACAGAAAGCACUGGACGCCUUGAGGAAAAAGGAACUGGGGAAGGUCAGAGUAGAGACAGAAGAAAAAUUGAUCAGCACACGUUACUCCAAAGCAUUGUAAACAGAACUGACUUAGAUCCACGUGUCCUAUCUAACUCUGGUUGGGGACAGACUCCUAUUAAGCAGAAUACUGCCUGGGAUACAGAAACAUCACCUAGAGGGGAGAGAAAGACUGACAAUGGGACAGAGGCCUGGGGAAGCUCUGCAACACAGACUUUUAACUCAGGGGCAUGUAUAGAUAAGACUAGCCCUAACAGUAAUGAUACCUCAUCUGUAUCGGGGUGGGGUGAUCCCAAACCUACUCUGAGGUGGGGAGAUUCCAAAGGCUCAAACUGCCAGGGGGGGUGGGAAGAUGAUUCUGCUGCUACAGGAAUGAUCAAGAGCAAUCAGUGGGGGAGUUGCAAAGAAGAGAAGUCGGCAUGGAAUGAUUCGCAAAAGAGCAAACAGGGAUGGGGUGACGGGCAAAAAUCAAACCCAGGCUGGUCUGCUUCUGCCAGUGAUAACUGGGGAGAAACUUCACGGAGUAACCAUUGGGGUGAAGCCAAUAAGAAAUCCAGCUCAGGAGGUAGUGACAGUGACAGAUCUGUUUCUGGUUGGAACGAACUUGGUAAAACUAGUUCUUUUACUUGGGGAAAUAACAUAAAUCCAAAUAAUUCAUCAGGAUGGGAUGAAUCUUCUAAACCUAAUCCUUCCCAGGGAUGGGGAGACCCUCCAAAGUCUAAUCAGUCUGUAGGUUGGGGAGAUUCUUCGUCAAAGCCAGUCAGUUCUCCAGACUGGAAUAAGCAACAAGACAUUGUUGGAUCUUGGGGAAUCCCACCAGUUACAGGCAAACCUCCUGGUACAGGCUGGCUGGGGGGACCUAUACCAGCCCCAACAAAGGAAGAAGAACCCACAGGCUGGGAGGAACCAUCCCCAGAAUCUAUACGUCGCAAAAUGGAGAUUGAUGAUGGAACUUCAGCUUGGGGAGAUCCAAGCAAAUACAACUACAAAAAUGUGAACAUGUGGAACAAAAACAUCCCAAAUGGCAGCAGCCGUUCCGACCAGCAGGCACAGGUGCAUCAUCUGCUCCCAUCUGCAAGUGCCAUCUCAAACAAGGAGGCAGGCAGUGGCUCUGGCUGGGGUGAGCCCUGGGGGGAGCCUUCUACUCCAGCCACAACUGUGGAUAAUGGUACUUCAGCAUGGGGUAAACCCAUAGACAGUGGUCCCAGCUGGGGGGAACCCAUUGCUGCGGCUUCCAACACAUCCACGUGGGGCUCCAGCUCUGUUGGUCCACAAGCGUUAAGCAAAUCUGGGCCAAAAUCUAUGCAAGAUGGCUGGUGUGGUGAUGACAUGCCGUUGCCUGGAAAUCGCCCCACUGGCUGGGAAGAGGAGGAGGAUGUAGAGAUUGGAAUGUGGAAUAGUAAUUCAUCUCAAGAGCUUAACUCAUCCUUAAAUUGGCCACCAUAUACAAAGAAAAUGUCAUCGAAGGGUCUGAGUGGCAAAAAAAGGAGAAGGGAAAGGGGAAUGAUGAAAGGUGGAAACAAACAAGAAGAAGCGUGGAUAAAUCCGUUUGUUAAGCAGUUUUCAAAUAUCAGUUUUUCGAGAGACUCACCAGAGGAAAAUGUACAGAGCAAUAAGAUGGACCUUUCUGGAGGAAUGUUACAAGAUAAACGAAUGGAGAUAGAUAAACAUAGCCUAAAUAUUGGUGAUUACAAUCGAGCGGUCGGGAAAGGCCCUGGUUCUCGGCCUCAGAUUUCCAAAGAGUCUUCCAUGGAACGCAGUCCUUAUUUUGAUAAGGAUGGCAUUGUAGCAGAUGAAUCCCAAAACUUGCAGUUUAUGUCCAGUCAAAGCAUGAAGCUUCCCCCUUCAAAUAGUGCACUACCUAACCAGGCCCUUGGCUCCAUAGCAGGGCUGGGUAUGCAAAACUUGAAUUCUGUUAGACAGAACGGCAAUCCCAGUAUGUUUGGUGUUGGAAACACAGCAGCACAACCCCGGGGCAUGCAGCAGCCUCCAGCACAACCUCUUAGUUCAUCUCAGCCUAAUCUCCGUGCUCAAGUGCCUCCUCCAUUACUCUCCCCUCAGGUUCCAGUUUCAUUGCUGAAGUAUGCACCAAACAACGGUGGCCUGAAUCCGCUCUUUGGCCCUCAACAGGUAGCCAUGCUGAACCAGCUAUCCCAACUAAACCAGCUUUCUCAGAUCUCCCAGUUACAGCGAUUGUUAGCGCAGCAGCAAAGAGCGCAGAGUCAGAGAAGUGUGCCUUCUGGUAACCGGCAGCAGCAAGACCAGCAGGGUCGACCUCUUAGUGUGCAGCAGCAAAUGAUGCAGCAAUCGCGUCAACUUGAUCCAAACCUGUUGGUGAAGCAGCAGACUCCGCCUUCUCAGCAGCAACCACUCCAUCAGCCAGCCAUGAAGUCUUUCCUUGAUAAUGUCAUACCCCACACUACACCUGAGCUGCAAAAAGGGCCAUCACCAAUAAAUGCUUUCAGCAACUUUCCUAUAGGCUUGAACUCAAACUUGAAUGUAAAUAUGGAUAUGAACAGUAUUAAAGAGCCACAGUCGAGACUAAGGAAGUGGACUACAGUGGACAGCAUUUCUGUGAACACAUCUUUGGAUCAAAACUCCAGCAAACAUGGUGCUAUUUCAAGUGGUUUCAGGCUGGAAGAGUCUCCAUUUGUUCCCUACGACUUUAUGAACAGCAGUACUUCACCAGCCAGUCCUCCAGGUUCAAUAGGAGAUGGCUGGCCACGUGCCAAAUCGCCUAAUGGCUCUAGCAGUGUUAACUGGCCACCAGAAUUUCGCCCUGGUGAACCAUGGAAAGGUUAUCCAAACAUUGACCCUGAAACUGACCCUUACGUCACUCCUGGCAGUGUCAUAAACAAUCUUUCAAUUAAUACUGUGCGGGAAGUUGACCACCUCAGGGACAGGAACAGUGGGUCAUCCUCAUCCUUGAACACCACGCUGCCUUCAACUAGUGCCUGGUCAUCCAUUCGUGCCUCCAACUACAGCGUUCCCCUCAGCAGUACAGCACAAAGCACUUCAGCCAGAAAUAGUGAUUCCAAAUUGACAUGGUCUCCUGGUUCAGUUACAAACACCUCUCUGGCUCAUGAGCUGUGGAAGGUCCCUUUGCCACCUAAAAACAUCACUGCUCCGUCCCGCCCACCUCCGGGACUGACUGGUCAGAAGCCACCCUUGUCUACGUGGGAUAAUUCUCCCCUUCGUGUAGGUGGAGGAUGGGGAAAUUCUGACGCCAGAUACACCCCAGGUUCCAGCUGGGGUGAGAGCAGCUCAGGGAGAAUAACAAAUUGGCUUGUUCUAAAAAACCUUACACCUCAGAUUGAUGGCUCAACUCUGCGUACUCUGUGCAUGCAGCAUGGCCCACUGAUAACAUUCCACCUGAACCUCCCACAUGGAAAUGCUUUGGUCCGUUACAGUUCAAAAGAAGAGGUAGUGAAGGCACAAAAGUCUCUGCACAUGUGUGUACUGGGGAACACUACUAUUCUUGCUGAGUUUGCCAGUGAAGAGGAGAUCAGUCGUUUCUUUGCACAAAGUCAGUCUCUGGCCCCUUCUCCUGGCUGGCAGUCUCUUGGGUCCAGCCAGAGCCGGCUGGGCUCCCUUGACUGUUCCCACUCCUUCUCCAGCCGGACCGAUCUCAAUCACUGGAAUGGUGCUGGGCUGUCGGGAACUAACUGUGGAGACCUUCACGGCACUUCACUCUGGGGGACCCCACAUUAUUCCACAAGCCUGUGGGGGCCUCCAAGCAGCAGUGACCCCCGGGGAAUUAGCAGCCCAUCCCCCAUUAAUGCUUUUCUUUCUGUUGACCACCUGGGUGGGGGUGGAGAGUCCAUGUAACCAUGUAGACAUAGACUCACAAACUGUGACCUCAAGAUGCGAAAGAAAGGAGCACUAAGCUGGGCUCGCUGCCUGCAGCCAGGGGCCACCUGUGGGAACAGCUAUUCUCUGCACAUUUUCCACUUUGUUUUCCCCAAAACAUAUCAGUUUGAAUACUUGAAUCAUGCAGGCCAAUAUUAUAAUGUGAAAGGUAUCUAUCUAUUUACACUCCCAAAUAGCGCCAUACAUGCUAAACCGUAUAGAAUGAGCUCACUUGUGUAUAUUCAUCAUGUUUAGCCUUUGGAUUCUUUCUUUUUUUUUUU